AUCCGGAGAUCCUGACAGCCACACACACACACCACUUCUCAUCACACCUAACCCUACCCUACCCUACCCUACCCUAUUCUAAGUACCGUUCAAUCCCAUACCCACAAUAUGCCUGCCAUCCGGGGCGAGAACUCCAAAAAGAAGACCCGCCGUCAUACUCGCGAUCUCGAUCAGAUUCACGCUGAUCUGAAGUCCGAGAAGCACCUUUCCCAGUACAAAGAUACAAAGGCCAUCGAGGACCUUCCUGGUCUCGGUCAAUACUACUGCAAGGAAUGCGCGAAAUGGUUUGAGAGCGAGACCAAUAUGGUCGCCCAUCAGAAGGGCAAAGUCCACAAGCGCAGAGUGCGACAACUUCGCGACGAGCCGUAUACCCAGAAGGAAGCAGAGGCUGCUGCUGGCAUUACAACAGAUAAUGGCAAGCGCACAACGACGCUCAUGGACGUAGACGACGGAAUUGCAGCGUGAAAAAAGCGCAUGGGAAUGGGAUGCAUACUGUCUGGUGUAGUAGGAUAAAGAAUUUUUGUUUGGUUAUAGAAGGCAAAGGGAACUGCACAACGACGACGUCAAGGCCUUCCUCAACAUUGGCAGCCAGGCACGAUGCAUUCUUUCUGCCUGGGACGUCGGCCUGGUUGCCUUUGCCUGGUUCAUUUCUGCAUCUGCAUUGUGCGGCGUUUGGAACGGUGGGAACAAAAAAAAUAUACAGGAAAUGGGACCAAUAGAUUUCGACAAAAGUUCAAUGAUACCCCAGGCAAUUUUUUUCAAUU